UUCUCCAAUAAAGCAAAAGAAAGACAAGUUAAUAGGAUUUGAUCAAAAAAAAAAAAAAAAAAAAAAAGACAAGUUAAUAGGAUAUAGAUUAGCUGGGUUAACUUUCCUUUUUUUACUCUCCAAGAAAUUCUUUUUUCUUUCCCUCGGGUGUCUCUUUCUGAGUAAAGAAUUAGGGGUAAGUUGUAAAAUAAAAAUAAAAAUUUGUAGAAUCAUAGCCGCCGAUAUCUACGUGACUACGUCGGAAAGAAAAUGCCGCUGUUUUGAUGUUUGCAUCGAUCAUAGUUUAUAGCAACUUGCUCUUGGUCUCUUUCUGUGCGGUGGAUUUUCUUAGCUUUGGAUCUUCUCCGUUUUUUGGUGUAGUCCUCCAGUCUGCCAGUCUGGUACGUCUUAUGAGCUUGUAGUGCCGUGUCUACUGCUCUUUCCGCUUUGCCCAGUGUUCAAUGGAGUUUAGGACCUUCAAGUUUGGUGGUCGUUGAUGGUAACUUUAAUUCCUUUGUGCGCACUGUUUGUGCGUCAAGGCUUUCUGUUGUAAAGUGUUUAGUGUUGUGUUGGUGUAAGAUUCCCUUGUUUGAACUGUGUUUCCUUUGUUUAGGCUUUGACUUUGGUGUCGAUUCUUCACGACAGCCGACUGCUUAUUCCUUUUUUUUUUUUUGUCAAGACUGCUGCAUUCCUGUUGUGCUUUUUGUUUGGUUUUAAUAUUAUCAGAUGACAAAAAAAAAUCUAGAAUUGACCAUUUAACGCCAGUUUACACCACAUAUGAUACCGACAUUUUUAGGUUUCCAAAACUCAUCGUUACACUGUGGACAUUCGGAACUAAAUAUUCCCAUCCAAUUGUUGUGGCGUACGUAAACGACAUUACAUAUAUGAGCCCCAAGCGUGAUGUUCUUUAGGUGAAAAUUGAAAUGUCCUCAUUUUUUAAUCUUUGUAUUCAAAUAUGUUUUAAAAAAACGAUAACUAUGAUGUGAACAUAAACCUGCAGUAUAUUAUGAACCAUCCAAAAAGCUCCAGAAAUGGUUCUAGAUUAUUUAGAGCAAGAAAAUAAUCUUAUAUUGAUUUCAUUCCUUAAAUUACUAUUUUGGGAAAGGUUUACCAAUCAUAUUAUAUUUAUCUAGUGAUUCCGUUUUUGUAACCUUGAUUCUUCCAAUCUUUGUGAUGAAGGGUAGGAGUAACUAUAUUUUCAGUAAUGUUUAUAGUAUAUUCUGAAAUGUAUAUCAACUAUUUUUCAAUAAAAAAUGCAAACUUUACUUAUUUCUUGGAGUAAAAUACGAACUUUUAUCAAAGUUUCAAAAACGAACUUUUCUUUUUGUCCUUUUAUUUUUUAGAAAUAUAAAAGAAAUUAAAUAGAAAACUAGAAAAAGUAACGCCGUGGAGGAGAAACGGCAAAAGGAAAAGAGAUAAAAAGGAGUAACCGUUGUAAUGUAAAAUUUUGGCUGUUUCUUUUACGGUUGACCUCUCUGAUCUUCUCCUUCUGUUCGCAAGUUAUACCUUUGUUUGUUACUCUAAACCCCCACUCUCUCUUUAACCUCAGGUGAACCCCAGUCUCUUCCUUCCCCAAGACCUUCGUUCGCACACGCGCUAAUUCUCUAAUUUUUUCUUUUUUAUCCUUUUACAUGGAUAAAAUUCAUAUUUACCCUCUCUUAAACCGUUUCGAGUAACGGAUUAUAAAUAAAUUGUUUGUAGUACCUCCAUUGAUAAUAAAUAUUCGAGCUAGAGGGAUCAUCAAUCUACGGAAAAAGCAGACGUUUGGGUCAACGGCGUUUGACCGGAAAAUAUGACGAAAGUACAAGGGUAAAGUAGUCAUUUGAACAGUAUCCCAUACGUAUGUACGCAGGGAGGAGAGAGACACAGCCCAACCACUUUGUAUAUUUAUAAGCCAAGAGAUAAAAGGGGACCAGAAGCGAGAGAGCUUUGUAAUCCUCUCAAGACCAAAAUAGAAGAUUAUGUUGCCCGUAACCAAUAGAGUUUUCUACUCCGCCGGUGUCUUUACGCCGGCGAGGAAAAGACGGCGAUGUGUUUCUUCUUCUGUUUCACCGGCGCCGGAAACUAAUACCGGACCCGGUCUGUUAGAUUCAAUCCCGGACGAUCUUGUUGUUUCUAUCCUUUGUAAACUUGCUUCUACAUCACGGUGUCCCGCUGAUUUCAUCAGCGUUUUGAUGACAUGUAAGAGAUUAAAGAGUUUAGCUACGUGUCCUUAUGUUCUGUCGAGAUUGUCUCGAAAAGCAAUUGCCAUAAAAGCUCUGAAUUGGUCGGAAUCAGCUCACCGGUUUCUCAAACGCUGUGCCGACGCCGGAAGUCUCGAUGCUUGCUACACUCUCGGAAUGAUUCGGUUUUACUGUCUGCAAAACAGAGGAAACGGCGCGUCGCUAAUGGCCAAAGCCGCGAUUAACUCCCACGCGCCAGCUUUAUACUCUCUAGCCGUGAUUCAGUUCAACGGAAGCGGUGGUUCCAAGAACGACAAGGAUCUUCGAGCCGGUGUGGCUCUGUGUGCGCGUGCGGCUUUCUUGGGACACGUUGACGCGCUCCGUGAGCUUGGUCACUGUCUCCAAGAUGGUUACGGUGUUCCACGGAACAUCUCCGAAGGUCGGAGAUUCCUCGUUCAAGCCAACGCUCGUGAACUCGCCGCCGUUUUAUCUUCCGGGAUCGAGGCUCGGUCGUGGCUAACCUUGUCGCAGCCUCAAACCCACGGUUGUCCGUUGCUGAGCGAUUUUGGAUGUAAUGUCCCGGCGCCGGAAACGCAUCCAGCGAAUCGGUUUUUAGCGGAUUGGUUCGCUUUACGCGGCGGAGAUUCUCCCGGAGAUGGGUUGAGAUUGUGUUCUCACGGCGGGUGUGGACGGCCGGAGAUAAGGAAACAUGAGUUCCGGAGGUGUUCUGUUUGUGGCGUUGUGAAUUACUGCUCACGCGCUUGUCAAGCUCUGGAUUGGAAACUCCGACAUAAGAUGGCUUGUGCGCCGGCGGACCAAGGUGCAGCCGGUGACGGAGAGGGUAACGUUCAGAUUGAGGGAAACGUUAACGGUGAUAACGUACCAGUGGUGCCCAUGAGUUAACGGCAACUAGUAACGGCUGGUUUUAUUAGACGCAGGUGAGGUAAACGAAGCUUAAUUAGUUUCGUUGUUUUGUUUUAUUAGUGGAAAGAUUAGAUGCGGCGUUAGAGUAAUUUUUGUAUUUUAAUCGCUUGUAAAGAGUAUCGUCAAAUCAAUCAACGAACGGCUGCAAUGUUAAUUUCCUUGUUUGAUUUUAAUUUAGUUUUACUUUUCUUUAUU